GCCCUUUUACGACAGGCUUGAGGUGCUUUGUGGCUGUCAACUUCUCCGUGGUACGAGCUGCAGUAUCGUGGUGGCGCCUGCUGUGACGGCUUUGAAAUGAGGCAGAAGCGGAAAGGAGAGCUCAGUCCCGCUGAGCUAAUGAUGCUGACUAUAGGAGAUGUUAUUAAGCAACUGAUCGAAGCCCAUGAACAAGGGAAAGACAUCGAUCUCAAUAAGGUGAAAACCAAGACAGCUGCCAAAUACGGCCUUUCGGCACAGCCCCGCCUGGUGGAUAUCAUUGCUGCAGUCCCUCCUCAGUAUCGGAAAGUCUUAGUCCCCAAGCUAAAGGCAAAACCCAUCAGAACUGCCAGUGGGAUUGCUGUUGUUGCUGUGAUGUGUAAACCCCACAGAUGCCCACACAUAAGUUUUACGGGAAACAUAUGUGUAUACUGCCCCGGUGGACCUGAUUCAGAUUUUGAAUAUUCAACCCAGUCCUACACUGGAUAUGAGCCAACCUCCAUGCGAGCUAUUCGUGCUAGAUAUGACCCUUAUCUGCAGACGAGACACCGGAUAGAACAGUUAAAACAGCUUGGUCACAGUGUGGAUAAAGUGGAGUUCAUCGUGAUGGGUGGCACUUUCAUGGCCCUUCCGGAAGAAUACAGAGAUUAUUUUAUUCGAAAUUUACAUGAUGCCUUAUCAGGACAUACAUCCAACAAUAUUUAUGAGGCAAUCAAGUAUUCUGAGAGAAGCCUCACAAAGUGUAUCGGAAUUACCAUCGAGACCAGGCCAGAUUAUUGCAUGAAGCGCCACUUAAGUGACAUGUUGACCUAUGGCUGUACGAGGCUGGAGAUCGGAGUGCAGAGUGUGUACGAAGAUGUGGCCAGAGACACCAACAGGGGCCACACUGUCAAGGCAGUGUGUGAGUCAUUCCACCUGGCCAAAGAUUCAGGUUUCAAAGUUGUGGCUCAUAUGAUGCCUGAUCUGCCAAACGUGGGACUGGAACGAGACAUCGAGCAAUUUAUAGAGUUUUUUGAGAACCCUGCUUUUCGUCCUGAUGGUAUGAAACUCUACCCUACUCUGGUGAUUCGUGGCACGGGACUGUACGAGCUCUGGAAAUCGGGACGCUAUAAGAGUUAUUCUCCCAGUGACCUGAUCGAACUGGUGGCUCGGAUCCUAGCCCUGGUUCCUCCGUGGACUCGAGUGUACCGAGUGCAGAGAGACAUUCCCAUGCCCUUAGUCAGCUCGGGAGUGGAGCAUGGCAACCUGAGAGAGCUGGCUUUUGCAAGAAUGAAAGACCUUGGAAUACAGUGUCGGGAUGUGAGAACCAGAGAGGUUGGAAUCCAGGAAAUUCAUCACAAAGUACGGCCAUACCAGGUUGAGCUGGUGAGGAGAGAUUAUGUUGCAAAUGGCGGCUGGGAGACUUUCCUGUCGUAUGAAGACCCUGAGCAAGACAUUCUGAUCGGCCUCCUGCGGUUGCGCAAGUGUUCGGAGGAAACCUUCCGCUUCGAGCUGGGUGGAGGUGUUUCCAUCGUGCGAGAGCUGCAUGUGUAUGGAAGUGUAGUCCCUGUGAGCAGCCGGGAUCCUACUAAGUUUCAGCACCAGGGGUUUGGCAUGCUGCUGAUGGAGGAAGCGGAAAGAAUAGCUCUAGAAGAACACGGAUCCGGGAAAAUAGCUGUUAUAUCAGGAGUUGGCACCAGGAACUAUUAUAGGAAGAUUGGCUACCGAUUACAAGGCCCGUACAUGGUGAAGACGCUAAAAUAAUGGCCGUUGCAGUCCCCCUUCAUCAGCGCCCUGCCAGCAGAAGAGUGCAGAGCGGCAAAGCAGACCUCCACUGUCCUCUGGUAGAACCCUCCCCUCCUGUGACUGCAGUGACUGGAAGCCGCCUUCGGAGCUGGGCCACAGCAGCCACCCUCACCUGUGUGUGCCCAAGAAGUCGCUUCAGUUUUUAAGGUUUAAGUCAUUUCUCUAAUUUUCAUAGUCUGCAUGUGGGCUGCAAAUGACCUGUAUCUACUCAGUGACAAAAGCAGAACAGCUCAUUUGGAUAGCACAGCUCGUGAAGUGGGAUUCGUGACAGUCAUUUGAGGAGCAGCCUUGGGAGGAAGCUGUUUAUGUACUCUAGGCAUGAAAGUCAGGUUGGGACGGAUAAAACCAUCACGCUUGGCCCCCUGGCCUGUAACUACAUAAUGCAUUCACCCAGGAGUUAAGAAAAUGAGCUUUUCUGUUAAUGGCAAUUGUUCCCAUUACCAUGCUGACGCUUUGACAGAAGGCUGACAGGGAAAGAGGAGUCAGGUGAGGGUUUUGUGUUAAACCCGAUAGCAGCUGUCACCAGCCCCUGCCAUCUGGGAGUGUGCCCCCUGCUGGCCAUCAGAGCCUCCUGUGCCCAGGCAUGGCUGUCUUACUUCUUGUAUGCUGCUGAUGCAGAACAGUGUGGAGAGCCCUGGACUGUCCAUUUGUCCAUCCUGAGCAGUCAGGCGAGCUUCGCCUCCGGCCACAGAAGCUGUCCCCUGCACUUCAUUCUUGAAAGUGGAUGUUGGUUUGUGUUAAGGGGAGAAAGAUAAAACUUCAGCUCAUCUGUGAAAGCAACAAAAUGGAAAGUGGACUGGAAUGUAAACAUCGGGGUAUGAUUAUUGUUUUCAGAGGACCAUCUCGUAGAGCUGCUUCUCAAGCCCUCAGGUAACCUGCUAAGGAGCCUUGGCCUGCACAGGGGCAGCUCCUGUCGGGACAGCGUGGCUUCACCCUGAUUCCUGGGUUCUGUCUGUGUCACUCAUAAAGUCUAAAGGCCUGAAAAUAAAAGUCUUCAAUGUA